AUCGACGUCGACCCCCGAAAUGGCCGCCACGACAGACUCCCUGGUGGACGGCAGCGACAUGUCGCCGUCGGCGGCGCCCAAGGAGCGGCACUCGCUGACGCUGGACCAGCGGCGCGCGCUGCGGCGCUGGGCCAACAACCAGACGAUCCGGCCGUCGCACAAGGCGUGCAUCGAGUGGUUCUUCAGCCAGUACGGCCAGCAGAUCAGCCAGUCGACCGUCUCGCACUCGCUGUCGCCCAAGUACUCGCGCCUCGACGGCGACAACCCGCAGCUGUCCGGGUCGCGGCUGCGCUUCGGCAACUGGCCCGACGUCGAGAAGCUGGUGCUGCUGUGGUACCAGCAGGUCCAGGCCGCCGGCCGCCAGCCCACCAACGAGGAGCUGGGCGAGAAGGCAAAGGCCAUCUUCAGCCAGCUGCCGCGCUACAAGGAGGAGACGCCGCCCGAGUUCUCGCCGGGAUGGAUCCAUCGCUUCAAGAAGCGCUACGGCCUGCUGAUCCGUCGCCAGCGCCGCCACGGAGACGGCGGCAUCAACCCGGCCGACGACAUCGACUACCUGGCCGACUGCGUCCCGCGCUUCAUGGCCAUUGCCGCCGACACGAGCCCGGCCGCCAUCCGGGAGCAGGUCCUGCGCGUCGUCGGCGUCGAGUCGAGCCUCAACACCUGCGCCCUGGUCCGCGACGAGAUCAUCCGCCGCCUCGCCAGCGCCCACGCCCAGCCGCUGCCCUCGCUGGCCCCCGUGGAGCCCACGCUCGCCCAGCCGCAGCAGCCCGACCAGCCCAUGUACGCCGACGACGAUCCCGAGGUGGUGCUGCAGAACGCCCUGCGACAGCUCCAGCAGGAGGAGCAGGCCGCUGAGGAGCAGGCCGCCGCCGUCCGCGAGGAGAGAGAGCGCGCCGAGCGAGCCGCGGGCCUUCAGCAGCAGGGCAUGACGACGCCCGGCGGCCGUGCGCCGUCAGACACCCGCUACACCACGCCAGGCCAGGACAUGGCGCCCGAGCUGACCCUCACGCCCAUCCACUCCGAGGUUCCCCUAUCCACUCAUGGAGAAAGGCCGCUGCGGUGUCCGUUUUGCGUCAACCAGCGCAUGCUUCGUUCUAUCAAGGAGGCCGUGGAGCACAUGUCGACUCACGUUGUGGUGUAGCCCUCCCCUUCUCAAUGGCCGUCCUAUCUGCUUUUGUUUCAUCAUCAUAUGGGUCAUUCUCCGGCGUUCAUACCUCAAGCCGAAUAGCCAACGUUUGAUUCCUGCUGCCUUGCGCGAUUCUUUUGUUACAAUCUGGGAGUAUAAGGGGGGGGGCGGAAGUUCAGGCUGCCAUUCGGGACCACCAGAGCCCUUUGCUGCGUGCAUUCUGGAGUUUGAUCAAGACAGGGCGCUUUGCGGAGUUUUGGUGUCUAUAUCUUCCUUUCCCACGUUUAAUUGCAUUUUGUUGAUAUGCCCGCGAUGAG